GUUUGCAACCGUUUCGAGACCUGUCGAACGAAUACAGAAUUGUAACAAACAACCUCCAAUAUGCUUCUAUCUUUAAAUCUGUAUAAUCUGCUGGAGAAUCGUAGUCUCUUUCGUAGCGCCGUCGCUCUGUCUCAAGAAUCAAAGCUUUUUCCAUUUCUUGGAAAGUAACUGGUUAGCAAGUCACCUCAAUCGAGCUUACGUUGAAAGGUCCCGUUCCAGUUGUAGACAUCGAUUUAUCGAGCCGAGCACAUUUCAGUGUGCUCCACAGUUACGGAUCAGAGCGGCCAAGGUAUCAUGUUUGCCAUUUUCUGUUGUUGAUCAGCCCAAUAGAUAAAAAAUUAACAUUUCGUAGUAAAAACUGUCGUGUCACAAAUCAUAAAUUUGGAAGAGAAAUAGCGAUUGAUUUUAAUUCCUAUGUGACUGAGUCUGAUGUGACUCGACCAUUUCGUGACUGUGUUUAGUUUUCUUUUUCCGUCACGCAACUUGUUGACAGAUCUAAAGAGCUAGUUUCUCGUCAUUGACUGCAAAGUUAGUUUUAUUAAAUGUAGCUAGUCUUAGGAUCACAAGUUAAAACUGAAAAAAAGAAGAGCUUAAUUGGAGCUAAAAUAUCCAACCUUGGAUUUUGUUUUGCUUUUGUUAUAUUUCGUACUUGAAUAGUUCUUGUCAGAUUUGGUUGACCUUCGGUUAUGGAAAUAAGGAUACACAGUAAGUUUUCUAGAGCUCAAACGAAAAUUUGCGAAGGUGCUUUAGGACAGCUUAAAUUUUAAUGAUCAACUUUAAACGUGCGGCUAGAAUAAAUCUUAAAAACGUGAUUGACUCAAGGAUCUAAGUCACAAAAUUUUGUAUCAUUCGCUCGAUCCCCAAAACCUAUCUCUAACCUGAAAAUAAAACAUUUCUUACUUAAGUCGUUUUUAUUUUGUGUUAUGGCUCACUGAUUCGGCAGCCUACGUUUGUCUUGCAUUGUUGCCGGAGUAGUCGGGCUUUUUUUUUUCCAGGAAUAUGCUUCGAGCUCUUUGAAUCUCUGUCACUAAUAAUCGAGCUUUUUCGAUCGUUUACUGUUACGGGUACCGGUCGACAGCAGUAACCAGUACACGAAGGCUAUCACGGGCAUAAAUGUUCUUCCCUGUCUUUGUAACGAACUGUUACGUAAAAACCCCUCGAGCCAAGGUUACGAAUUAUAAUCUCGACUGAACUUCAUUUAGGCCACCUAUGUUUAAGGGGCGGAAGUCAUGUUUUUUUUAGGUAUAUUUGUGUUCUUUCUUUAAGUAUAGGCCCAAAACAUCCAAUUUGCUGAAUAGCACUCUCCCUUGCCAGAAAUUCGUACCCACAAAACAAUCGAAGAAGAUUUCUAAGCUACUUAAUCAAACGCAAUCGUUUUAAUCCUGUUCGUUUAACCAUUCACAUAGAUUUAAGCAGAGACCGUCACGUUCGAUAUUGGCCAUUAGGCUUAAAUUUCUUUAUUCUGUUUCGCAGUUUUGGUCACAGAGGAAAGGAAGAACUUGGUUCUGAUCUCUACAAUCGUUUGUCCUCUUUAAAAUGUCUGCUUCUCCGGACCCAGAUGAGGUGCUUCGUUCUUCGAAAGGGUGAGAUAAUUUUCAACGAAUAGCACGGGUCUUGAUAAGUGGAGGUACUGUGCUGUUGAGGGAGGUUUUUGACGUUAGGUGUCCUCCAAGUAGUCUUCCCACAAUGCUUCAGAAUCCAGCCACAGAGAAGCUACUUAAAGCAGCAAAGCUCACCAAACCACAGAGGGACUGCUUGUACCCUUCCCCAGGGGUGUAUGGAAAGUCAACAAAAUUUGAUAUAACUCUCCUUUUCCGGCUGCUGAGGACGAUAUGCGGCCUCACCCCUCCUGCCACGGGCUGGGAUGCGCUACCGGCACGUACAGACCACAGCCUUGAAGCCGAUUUAGCGAGAAUUAAAUACUACCGCAAUUCGAUAUACGGUCAUGUCAACGAGAACAUGGAAAUAACUGAUGAUGAGUUUUUAGUUCUUUGGAGAGAAAUCAGCGAGGCUCUGAUGAGAAUUGCGGGUCAGAUCAGCGCUGUCAAGAAAAUGGAAUGGCAAACCUCUCUUGACAAAUUCUUGAAAGAUCCCUUUACUAAAGAAGAUGAGAGACUUGUGGAGGAAUUAAAGGUCUGGUACCAGAAUGAUACGGAAGUGAAGGAAUACAUGGACAGGUUGGAUUCUUCAGUGAAGCAUGUGGAGAAAGCAGUUCACGACGAAGGGCAAGAAGUUCAGUACUUGAGACAAGAGGUCCGAGACGAGGCCCAAGACAUUAAAGACCAGCUUAGUGGAAAAGUUAAAGCCACAACUCAAGAAGUGCAGUGCUUGAGAGAAGAAUUAAGAGAAAAAACCCACGGCAUAAAAGAAAAGCUUCAAGGAAUCAAAGAUCAUUUGAACCAGGGGAGCCGAUUGAACUCAUCAACUGGAGUUCGACUCAGAGUGCGGAUCGACUGUGAAACUGACCCAGAACCUUGUCCAUCUGUGGAAUCCUCAGUGGCUCUAACCACACAGGGUACCAAAUCGGUUGGCCAAGAGAUGACAGUAGCUGGAGUUCAGCGCAAGGCAGCGGACCCUAUCAAGUCAACUAAUCAACCAGGUGUUGAAGUAACAGGAGUCGUGGACUCGACACCCGUUUCAAUCGAUCAUAUACCCAGUACACAACCGGACUUAAAUUUAAUUGCAACCACCUCAGAGCCUUAUCCGUUGGUUGAAACGUCAAGAAGAAUGGUUCUCACCACGCAGGGUAACCAAUCAGUUGAGCACGAGAAGGUAGUAUCUGGAGUUAAGCGCAAGGCAGUGGACCCUAUUACAUCAACUGGACAAUCAACCGCUGAAGGGACUGGAAUCGUUGAGAUGGCAACUGCGCCAAGUGGUGAUAUACCCAGUUCACAACAAAUCUUGAAUUUGAUUGCUGAGAAGUACCUUAGGAGAACUGAUAUGUCUGACAAAGACAAGUUAAAUGGUUUUGUAAGAUAUAUGGAAGGUGUGCGUAAAGUCAUCUUUGUAGAAGCUAAGACUGGAAGCUUGAUCAUUACAGUGGAAUGUAGAUCUCUAAAGAUACUGGAGGAUCUGUGGUACGACUAUUGCACAGGGUGCCUAAGUGAAAUGGCACAGAAAUAUCUUGUGACCGAAGAAAUUUUGAUGACGUUUGGCCUCGAUCAAGUGAAACUCUCGACAACUAUCGAAGAGGAAGACUAUCGAGCUGCCAGACGAUAUUUCUUGCAUGGUUCGGCUGAUGACCCACCCGGUAGGACAAUCGAUACAGAUGAUGAACUUGGCUCAGACUUGGCAUCAAGACGAAAUCCUCCCUCAGAAUUACUAAGUGAAGGAACAAGCCCAGUCAGUGUAUCUGAACCUCAGCUUGAAGAAAAUGUAGGAUUUCCGCAAAGGUUCUUUAUCACUACGAAAAAAGAAGAAAGAAAAAUUCCCGAGGUUCCUGCAGUUAUCAUAGGGUCUUCAGUCCACCACUCUGUUCUCGAAGGUGGCAUGAUUCGUUCUUGCAUGCCAUUUUUUGUGAGGACUGUCACUGGAAAGACGGUCUCUCUCCACGUGCAACCUUCAUGCACCGUUAUGAGAGUGAAAACAAAAAUUCAAGACAAAGAAGGAAUCUCACUGGACCAGCAACGUUUAAUCUUUGCUGGUAAGGUACUUGAAGAUGGUCGUAACUUGGGUCACUACAAAAUUGGGGAAAAAUCCACACUGUACCUGGUUCUCAGAAAUCACCUAGCCAUGCAAAUCUUUGCAAAAACUCUCACUGGAAAGAAGAGCACUCUUAACGUAAACUCAUCCGACACCAUAAAUAUUGUGAAAACAAAAAUUCAAGAGCAAGAGGGAAUCUCAUCUGAUCAGCAAUGUCUACUCUUUGGUGGUAAGCAACUCGAAGACGGCCGCCCUUUGAGCGACUACAACAUUACAAAUGAAUCCACGCUCUACUUGGUUCUAAAAAUUCGUGUUAGCAUGAAAAUCUUUGUAAAGAAGCCCAGUGGAAGUCCAAGCAUUCUGAACGUAGACAAAUCAGACACUAUAGGGAAUGUGAAAGUGAAAAUACAGGACCAAGAAGGCAUCUCAAAAGACCAGCAAAAUAUUUUCUUUGUCGGCCAGCAACUCGAAGACGACCGUACUUUGGGUGACUACAAUAUUCAGAAUAGUGCGACCUUGCACUUGGUUCUAAGAGGAGCUCACAGUGGCAUGAACAUUUUCGUCAAGACUCUGACCGGGAAGAAUUUGCCUUUGUGCGUAGAACCAUCAGAUACCAUAGAGAAGAUGAGAACGAAAAUUCAAGAGCAAGAGGGUGUCCCAGUGGAUCAACAACGUCUAAUAUUUGCUGGAAAGCUACUAUAAGAUGGCCAUACUUUGAUUGACUAUAAUAUUAAAAAAGAAUCAACUAUACAAUUGCUUCCAAGACUUAGUAGCAUGCACAUCUUUGUUAGGACUCUCUCCGGAAAGACUUUCAAUUUGGAGGUGGAACCUUCAGACUCAAUAGCGAAUGUGAAACUGAAACUUCAAGAACUAGAAGAUAUCCCGCUUAGCCAACAACACUUGAUUUUUAGGAACCAAGAAAUCAGAGACCAUCUAACGUUAGAAGACUACAAAGUAACAGGAGCGUCAACGAUAUAUUUGCGACGUAAGGAAGAACCCGACAGAAUACUUAUCGAUGUCAAGUUACCUAAUGAAAGGAAUAUUUAUAUAGAUGCCUCACCAAACGAUAAUUUGGAGAGUGUGAAAAAAAUUAUUCAAGAAAGAGAGGGGGUUCCUAUCGAUCAACAACACCUCAGCUUUGUUGGCGGGAAAGUCUUAGACGACCACCGUCCUUUGAGUGAGCACCACAAUCAGACCGAAUUAACCUUACGACUGGAUGUGAAACAAGAAAAUAAUGCUUUCCUGAUUCAUGUAAAGACACGAUCUGGAAAAAUGAGGAUCACAAUAGACGCUGUGUCAGGACACACUAUUCAGGAUGUUAAAAGGAAAAUAACAGAAGAGAUGGGAAUAUCAACAAAUCGGCUACAACUCAUGUUUCACGAUCAGGAACUUGAUGAUGAACUCCGCACUCUGGAAAGCUACCACAUCACCAGAGACUCAGCCAUUGAGUUGGUUAUCCGAAGGACACAAGGCGACCAAAUGCACAUUUACAUGAAAAUGCAAAAUGGUAUUAGAAUCGUAAUUGAUGUAUCACCGGAUGAUAAGAUCACAAAUUUAAAAAGAAAAAUAAAGGACAUGCUAGGAACACCGGUUAACAAGCAGCUGAUCACUUUUGGUGACACAGAACUCGAAGGUGACAACAAACUGAGUGACUUCCACGUUGAACAUGGAUCCACACUAUCUAUGAUCACCAGUUCUACGACUCAUGAUAACUGUAUCGUAAGUUAACUAGACUAAGGUCAAUAAGAAUCAAAUGUCGGUAUGCAGACCAGAUUGAUUGAGGACAAAGAAAUUUGAAAACUCUAGAAACAACGAAGCCUGUGUCUUUGAAUUGGACACACUUUAUUUAAUUGCCGAGAGCUUGCUGGUAGAACCAGCGAUGAAUUUUAUUGGAUCUUGGCUGCACGAUAGUGAUAGGCGGAACCCUGUGUGUUCGUGGAACAUAUUUAAAGAUAAUGCUAAGGAUUCCUGAGCCUGCCUGUAUUCCAAGCGUUGCAUCACCAAUCAGUUUUGCAUAAUUUUUUCGCGUUUAGCUAAGCUAGAAUGACUAAAAGCAUUCGAGAGGCAGCCUGAUAAUGUGGCUGAUAAUUUAAUUCGCUGUUGGAUAAAAUAUCUGGUAUGUAUUCAAAAUAAUAGUGCAUAAAAAUGAAGUGGAAGUGUAAAUCACAAUAAGCAUCUACAGACACUAGAAAUAGAGAUAAAGAAAGAAGAACUUCCGCGUGGUCACACUUAGACCGUUCAGUCAUUAGCUUACUUUUUUUAUCGAUAUCUCUUUUCCCAGGAUUAUGAAUAGCAAGAGCUAUUUGAUAAAACCAAAACCAAGCACCACAGUUUUUUUAGAAACUGACUCCCUUUAUUAAUGUUGGAAUU